UGCGGUCUGAACUCGAAACUGAGAAAUCAAAGUAUAAUCAGCUGCUCAAAGUCUCCGAGGAAAAGCAAAUGGCUUCAGAGAGUAAUGGAGAAUCUCUGGGAACAGAGACCACAGUGGACCCAGUAGAAUUCCAGACAUUGAAAAAAGCUCAUGAAGCCCUGGAGACAAGAUUUGGCCGCAGCAUGGACCAGGUGGCAGAGUUGAGUGAUGAAAAACAGAAGCUGGAGCACAUCAUACAGCAGCUGCAGAUUGAGACUGAGGCCAUAGGUGACUACAUCACGAUCUACCAGUUCCAAAGGGGAGUGAUGAAGCAACAGGCACGAGAGAGAGAAUUGGAGCUAUCUAGCCUCAGGCACGAGAGAGAGGAGAUGAAAAUCAAAUUGUCAACACUGCAGGAGCUAAUGUCAACGCUAGUACAAGAGAAGGGUCCAAACCAUCCUAACGUUGCCAAGAUGGAGAAGGUGAUCAGCGAAUCCCAGUCUGAAGCCAAAACCAUAGAAAAGAAUGAAGAAAAAGUCAAUGGUGACAUAAAGACGCAAAACAUUGAAGCAGCAGAAGAGGCCACAGAAACCGAGAAGCAAAAUGGCGUGGAACAGCAUGAGACCUGUAAGGAAACUAGCACAACCAAUAGUGGCUUGGAGAAUGCACCAAGCCCUAGCCAGAGCACGAAAGAGCAGAACAUCUCAGCAGAGAAAAAGAGCCCAACAGUGCAGAGAAUUCUGGACCUCCUCAACGAGAUGGAAGCCACAAGCCAAGUCGAGCACUGUGGCUUGCAGAAAUUCCACCCGUGUCCUCUGUGCUCUGGGAAAUUGAUUACAGUGUAAGGUUGGAAAAUUGAUCAUGGACUGUGAUUGAAAAAUUGUUCAGUUUAACAUUAUGAAAUUACCAAGGGUCCAAGAAUGGGAUUUUGGAUGAGGUCUCUGAUUUGGACAUUUUUCUGUCUAAGAUUGGAAAGUUGGUCACGGAAAUUUAUCAUUCAGUUGUAUUUGUCCUGUGAAGGUGGCAGUUAAAUUGUUUUGUACAUUCACUUGCUUGCUUUCAUGCAGAAUAACUGACAUGGAAGCAACCACUUUUAAAAAAUAAUAAUAAUGAUAAUGAGUAAUGAAGUUUGAAAGAUAUCACAGAGAUUAUUGCAGACAUUGAAAACAGUAAAGUAUAGUAAGGGGUACAAUGUAAUUAUGGUACUUAACUCCAAAGAUUUCUUGAGUGUGCAGAUUUAUUUCAAUAUAUUUUGAUGAAUUGUUAUCUUUUUUAAGAACAGAAUUCAAAGUAAAACACCUCGUACUUGCAAAUUAUGUUUGGCUUCAACUUCAGUAAUAUAUGAAAGAAUGCAGGAAAACACAUACUGAAUGAUGGCACAUAAAAAGGCAUCUAAAGUGAGUAAUGUGAUUUCCCUAAUAAUGAACAUAAACACGGCUGUGGAAAAUAACAAAGAAGAAAGAUCCAAAAGGAAAAGAGGCUAUUAUAUAGUGAAUAGUUAACAAAUUCAAUUUACAACUUCAAUAGUAAAAGCACUGUCACUGUUUGCAGUGGUUACACGAAUAUUCAGCUGUCUCCCAUGUUUUCGGUAAUGGGAGCACAGCUUUUCCAUAGGAUAACUAAUAGGUAUAUGUAAAAUUCAUAGACUGUGAUAGUCUUGAUCCUCUAGAGUAUCAUGAAAAUUAUUUUCAUGCCAAAAGUUGAUUUCAUGCCAGGUUAAUAGCCAUUCAUUGUCUUGCUCAAUAGCUCCACUAGAGAUGUUUUUUUAUGAUUUUUUUUAUCUUCAGCUAAUAUUUGAAAGGGAUUUUUUACAUUUAUUACUAGGUCCUCCUUACAACAAUAAUAUUGUAAUAAUAUAUUUAGUGUUAACAAACUAGAUUGCAAUCCAUUUAUAAACGUUUCUUACAAGAUUUAAUCAGAUUAAUAAAGAUAGAAAUUAGAUUUCCCUAAUAAAAACUUCAAACAAAAGCUUGGUUUCCAUUUUUUAUUGUGGUAGAAAGUAGACUUGUAUAGCAAACACAUUUUGAAGUUUGUGAGACAGCGAGCCUGUAUUGUUAACAAAUGUUAUUGCUCUGAAGUCCCCUUCCCCACAAUUCACUUUUUUUUUUUACAGCUGUGUGCAUCAGUGACUGAGUAUGAUUUCUGUUUUAUUCCUGUUCCCUUUUGUAAUUCAACAUCUGUUAUGAUGUGUAUUCUAUUGUCUACUGAAGAUAUCUGUGGUUGUAAUGUUGUUACUUGUUGCCAUUGCAUUGUAGACAGUGUAAAGGCAAGUACUGGAUAUCACUUUUUUCUGUUAUUGCCACAUGUCAACUUGUAGAUGGCAGAUUGAAUGCAUUUAUGUAAGAAAGCUUAAGUGUUUACAUUAAAUAUUUUGGUGCCUUGGAAAAGCAUAGCAUCCCCCUUCAGUAUGAGUCCUUUUUAUCUGGUUAUACCUUGUCACUGCCAUUAUAGUCAUCUUAUGUUGGUUAUUUACUUCGUUCUCCUCCAGCAAGAGUAAGUUAUGUUAUGUGUACUAUUCACUGGAGGAAUUUGACUACAGCAGAAGAGCAUUGUAUGACAAGGGUUCAAAGAGAUGACUUGCAACACAGGGAAAGGUGCCCUUCUUGGUAGCAGUUGUAAUGAAAGCACACUCGAGGUUCUUGAUUUUCUUUUAUGUUGUUGUUGUUCCUGUAUUUUGUCUUGUUACUGUUCAUCUUCUUGUGUAUACUGCAUAUUUUAUUUGGAACUUUUAUAUAUUUUUCAUGGAAGAAAUAUUUGUUAGAUUGUAUAAUUAAAAAAGGAAAGCAUAUUUAUUAGUGCUGAAAUAAUUUGGCAUCAAAAUCUACUAUUUCAUUCGAUAGUAACAGGUAAUAUCAUGAUGUUGUAUGCCCUAUCCUAUCCUUUAUAGUGGAAUUGCUUCUAUACUAUUAUAAGAACCCAGUUUAAUUCAUCACCAUUAGCAUUGUAAUCAUCCUAAUACAGAAGUAUCUCUGUCCCACUACUCUUCCUUUUCUUUUUAUCUUUGUACUUUUUCACACAUUACAUUUAUUUGAUGCUAUUUAUAUUUUAUAUUUAUUCGUGUAGCUUUUAUUUGAUAUCACAUGGUAACUGUAGAAUGAAAAAAUGAUAAGUAUCCUUGUUAAUUUCACAGCUCUCCUCUGGCUAUGGGUAUAUUUCUGUAUGAUAUUGUUGAGCCUUGCCCACUUCAUUUUAAACUUUACUGUUACAGACCGGAACAUCUUUAGGAGAAAAGACUAUGCAGUAAAUUUCUAUUAAUAUUAUUAUUAUUUACAAUGAAUAAUAGAUAUUGCAUUUCUUAAAGAAUAUGAUAUCAGUUUUCAAGAAGGUGCUCGUGAUGUUUCUGUCAUUUGAUGACGGGCUAUAAAUUCUUUAUAUUUAUUCAUAGAAUGUAAUAAUAUUUUUAUUAAAGACUUAUGAACAUGC